AUGACACGCUACGCGCGACAUGCAGCAACAUCCGCGCGGCCCACUGGCAACCCGGAGGCUGCCGACAGACAUGAUGCGGCUGCACUCUCACUUGUGUGUGGCACCAUCGACGAAGCAUCUCCCGGUCGCUACUUGGCUGCACGCUGGACUCUAGCGCCUCUCGUCACGGGCGCACGGACCCGACCAUCCCUCGCGUAUGGCUGCUUCCUGUUAGGGCUCAACUUGAGGUUCAAGGGUACACCAAAGGGGUUUCAACUCGGGCUCCGUCGCGCCAUCACCCUCCCUCACCGCCGCCUGCAACUGCACCUCCGCGAGCCACCGUCGCCGCUGCACUCCUCCGCGAGCCCUCCUCCUCCGGCGAUACACCCAGCAGCAGCACACCUGAGAUUCCCCGAGUCCAGCAGUGACGUCUUCUUCCUGUUCGUGCGCACCACCAGCCCCAUCGUGCGAUUAACUCCAGCCCUUCGAUCGCCCGUCAUCCCCUCAGUUCAUCGCCGGGACCAUUUGUGCGGGAUUCCUCUGUCCGGGCAUGGAUUCUUCCAGCGAGCAGCCCUCCGUUCACGUGUCGCAGGGAAGGCUGGAGCACCUCUUUUCCCGAUCAGUAGUGGCGUCAUUUGCACAGACGACUCCCGACCAGCCUGA